CGUGCUCUUGAAGAUUGUUUGCAGUUGCUUGAAAGCGAAGCAGUUUCUCGCUGGUGAAGGAUACGCGUGUUGCUGUUUGUCUCCUCCCCGGAUGCUGUGAUUGACAGAUUCUGCAGAGCCCUGCUAUGUGUGUGUGUGUGUGUGUGUGUGCUAUAUAUUGUGUGGGCGCUUUGCAGAGAGCAGUUGUUCUGAACAGGACCCUUCACAGAAUAGGACUGCAGUAAUUUAACUCCCUGUCUCCUGUGGUGUAACCAGAAAUUAGGACAAAUUAAAACCGAACCCCCCCGCCGUUAUUCUUUUCACAUGUAAAAGACCUGUCUUAUUGAUUGUGUGUCAUUGAGCGGAAGGAUAUGUUUUAAAUCGUUACAAAAGCAGUGACGAGAGAGAGUGGGAGAGAGACAAGACUAAGCUCCGGGCUGUGUCAGUUUUCGGGUGAAAUUAACAUGGCGAGCGACUCUCCAGCGCGAAGCUUGGAUGAAAUCGACCUCUCGGCUCUGAGGGAUCCUGCUGGUAUUUUUGAACUGGUGGAACUUGUUGGCAAUGGCACAUAUGGACAGGUUUACAAGGGACGACAUGUUAAGACAGGACAACUGGCUGCAAUCAAGGUUAUGGAUGUCACUGGGGAUGAAGAGGAGGAGAUCAAACAGGAAAUUAAUAUGCUUAAAAAGUAUUCACACCAUCGAAACGUUGCUACCUAUUACGGAGCCUUCAUUAAAAAGAAUCCUCCUGGAGUUGAUGACCAGCUUUGGUUGGUGAUGGAAUUCUGUGGUGCUGGAUCUGUCACAGAUUUGAUCAAGAACACAAAAGGGAACACACUGAAGGAAGAGUGGAUCGCCUACAUCUGCAGGGAGAUCUUACGGGGCCUGACUCACCUUCAUCAGCACAAGGUCAUUCACCGUGAUAUCAAGGGCCAGAAUGUCUUGUUGACAGAGAAUGCUGAAGUCAAGUUGGUUGACUUUGGAGUGAGUGCGCAGCUUGACCGUACAGUAGGGAGGAGGAAUACAUUCAUUGGCACACCCUACUGGAUGGCACCCGAAGUGAUAGCUUGUGAUGAGAAUCCAGAUGCCACUUAUGAUUUCAAGAGUGAUUUGUGGUCUUUGGGGAUAACUGCAAUGGAAAUGGCUGAAGGGGCUCCACCUCUGUGCGACAUGCACCCAAUGAGGGCUUUGUUUCUCAUCCCAAGGAACCCACCACCUCGACUCAAGUCCAAAAAGUGGUCAAAGAAGUUUGUGUCUUUUAUUGAGGGGUGUUUGGUGAAGAAUCACGGUCAGAGGCCAGCGACAGAUCAGCUGCUGAAACAUCCCUUCAUCAGGGACCAGCUCAAUGAGAGGCAAGUCCGGAUCCAACUCAAGGACCACAUUGACCGGACCAAAAAGAAGAGGGGCGAGAAAGAUGAGACAGAAUAUGAAUACAGUGGGAGCGAGGAAGAAGAAGAGGACCAUGAAUUUGGAGAACCAAGCUCCAUUGUGAACCUGCCUGGAGAAUCUACCCUUCGCCGAGACUUCCUGCGCCUGCAAUUGGCCAACAAGGAACGGUCAGAGGCCAUCAAGAGGCAACAACUCCAGGAGCAGCAGCAGCGGGAAAAUGAGGAGCACAAGCGCCAACUGCUGGCUGAGCGGCAGAAACGUAUUGAAGAGCAGAAGGAGCAGCGGCGGAGACUAGAAGAGCAACAAAGGAGAGACCGAGAGCACCGGAAACAGCAGGAGAGGGAGCAGAGGAGAAGAUAUGAGGAGAUGGAGAGGCUCCAGCGAGAAGAGGAGAGACGCCUAGCCGAACGGGAGCAGGAGUACAUAAGGCGGCAGUUAGAGGAAGAACAGAGGCAGUUAGAGAUCUUGCAACAACAACUUCUGCAGGAGCAGGCUCUCCUACUGGAGUACAAGCGAAAGCAGCUGGAAGAACAACGUCAGGCAGAACGACUACAGCGACAGUUGCAGCAGGAACGGGCUUAUCUGGUGUCUCUCCAGCAACAGCAACAGUUGGAGCCAAGAUCUGGUGAGAAGAAGGGACUUUAUCACUACAAGGACAGUAUGAACCCAACAGAGAAGCCAGCCUGGGCCAAAGAGGUACAGAAGCGAUCGCUCAGUAAUUCUCCUCGACGCCCAGUCAAAGAUGGAGUGCCUGCCACUAAGUGGCCAUCAUUCAAUGACAUCACCAACCAGCAGUCCGCUCACCAUUUGUCCUGUCAUGCCCAUUCGGGCCAACACCUUGUGGCACCCAGUUUUCUCGCCUCUCCUCUAAUCGACGGAAAAGGCUCACGCCAAGUCCUGACGGCGCCAGUCUCUGAUCAUACAGGGCCGGCAAGAAUGUCGCCUCCCCAGGCCCAAGCAAAGACUGAGAAGAAGUCACACACCUGCAAGGAGGACCAGGCCAGGGUGGCACGACCACGGCUACGGCCACAGACCAAGCAGCUACAGUCACAGGAGAUGACCUUUGAGUUUGGACCCAAUAGCAUGGUGAAGAAGCAUGUGGAGGAACGCUCCAAGUUAAACCGCCAGAGCUCACCAGCAAUGCCACAUAAGAUGGGAAACAGGAUGUCUGACCCAAGCAUGCCGCCUCGUUCUGAAUCAUUUAGCAGCAGUGCAGUGCAGGCUGUACGAACCCCACCAAUGCAUAGACCUGUAGAGACUCAGGUCCAAGUAGCUCACCUGGUUCCUUUGAAACCGCACAGCACUUCCAUGACGGGUUCCCAGUCCCUUCACGAGCAGCCAUCUAAGAGUAUGUCCAGUGCUUUCCAUUCACAAGAGGGGCUAGUGUCACAUCGUGCCGAAAUGCCACGGCAGAACUCCGACCCCACAUCAGAAACCCCACCCCUUCCUCCCCGCCUUGGGUCAAGAGAAGAAAAGUGUGGGGGCAGCGUUUGGCACAGGCAAGAGGAGGACACCCCACCCAAGGUCCCUCAGAGGACAACGUCCAUCUCACCAGCGCCAGGCCGCAAGAGUUCACCCGGAAACAGCAGUGGAUUGGCUAAUCGGCCCAGUGCCCAGUUAAUACGAGCAAGUAAUCCUGACCUGCGUAAGAAUGACAACCUGUUGGAGACUCCUCUGCAACGCACCAGCAGUGGCAGCUCAUCCAGUUCCAGCACUCCCAGCUCCCAACCUGGCUCCCAGAGUGGAUCCCAGAGCAGUUCCCAACCAGGUUCCCAAAGUGGAUCCAAUGAGCGCAACCAAAUUCGGGGAACUGGGAAGCCUGAAGGAUCACCAGUUCUUCCUCAUGAGAGUUCGCGAGUGAAAGCAGAAGAGGGACGGGAGUUGACACGACCUGGGAGACCUGCUGACUUGACAGCUUUGGCCAAAGAACUGCGGGAGCUUCGCAAUGAAGAGUCAUCGCGGCCGCCAAUCAAAGUCACCGACUAUUCGUCGUCCAGUGAAGAAUCGGAAAGCAGUGAGGAAGAGGAAGAGGAGGAGGAGGAGGAGGAAGAUGCAGAAAAUGAGGCACAGGAUGGGACAGUACCAGUCAGUGACAUUCCAAGGAUAAUGCCAUCCUCUACACCAGCUAACAGUGAGCAGUACAAUGAGAGCUACGGCCUGGUGGGCAUGCAAGAGGGAGCUUUGCCAUCCGAUCUUUACAACAAUGCUUCAGGAGACGGAACCCUGAUUAUCCGAGAGAAUUCUGGUGACAAAAAGUGGACUGGCCAUGUUGACAGUAACGGCUUUGCCAGCCACACCAAUCUGCCCGAUCUGGUGCAGCAAAGCCAGUCUCCUGCCACUACACCAACCGAGGCAAUUGGGCGAACCACAUCUCAACUCGCUCAGGAAAAGGACUCAGCAGCUGGGUAUGGCCGGGGCACAGGCACAAAAUCAUCCUUCACUCCAUUUGUGGACCCAAGGGUAUUUCAGACAUCACCAAGUGGCAGUGAGGAAGAGUCAUCAGCAACAGCAAUGUUCUCCAGUGAGAUGCUCCGACAGGAACAGGCAAAGCUGAAUGAAGUUCGGAAGAUCUCUGUGGUAAAUGUCAACCCGACGAACAUCCGACCCCAUAGUGACACCCCGGAGAUCCGAAAAUACAAGAAGCGGUUCAACUCUGAAAUACUCUGCGCAGCACUUUGGGGAGUGAACCUGUUGGUGGGCACAGAAAAUGGUUUAAUGUUACUGGAUAGAAGUGGCCAGGGGAAGGUUUACAACCUCAUCAAUCGGAGGCGCUUCCAUCAGAUGGAUGUACUGGAGGGUCUUAACAUCCUCGUGACGAUAUCUGGUAAGAAGAAUAAAUUGAGGGUGUAUUACCUGUCUUGGUUGAAGAAUAGGAUAUUGCACAAUGAUCCUGAGGUGGAGAAGAAACAGGGCUGGACCACAGUUGGUGAUUUGGAGGGCUGCGUACAUUACAAAGUUGUUAAAUAUGAGAGGAUUAGGUUCCUUGUGAUCGCUUUGAAGAAUGCAGUGGAAAUUUAUGCCUGGGCACCAAAGCCUUAUCACAAAUUCAUGGCCUUCAAGUCUUUUGCAGAUCUUCAGCACAAACCAUUAUUGGUUGACCUGACGGUGGAAGAAGGGCAAAGGUUAAAGGUUAUCUAUGGGUCUCACACUGGUUUCCAUGUGAUUGAUGUCGAUUCAGGGAAUGUCUAUGACAUUUAUAUACCAUCACAUAUUCAGGGCAACAUCACACCUCAUGCUCUCAUUAUUCUCCCCAAAACGGAUGGGAUGGAAAUGCUGCUGUGUUAUGAGGAUGAGGGGGUUUAUGUCAAUACGUAUGGGCGAAUCACCAAGGACAUUGUGUUGCAAUGGGGGGAGAUGCCCACGUCUGUCGCCUACAUCCAUUCCAGCCAGAUAAUGGGCUGGGGCGAGAAGGCCAUUGAGAUUCGAUCAGUGGAAACUGGGCACUUGGAUGGAGUUUUCAUGCACAAGAGAGCACAACGCUUGAAGUUUCUGUGCGAGAGAAAUGACAAGGUUUUCUUUGCAUCUGUGCGUUCGGGUGGAAGCAGCCAAGUUUUCUUCAUGACCCUGAACAGGAACUCGAUGAUGAACUGGUAACAAGCUGGAGAGCUCACAUUCUGUUCACACUCGCACUGACAUGUGGAAGUCGACAAUUUAGAGAGAUUUCUAACCUUUAAAGGAAAAAACCUCUUGAUGUCACGGAUAUAAAAGGACUAAUGCAAUAUAACAAAGCCUGUGUUGCGUAUCUUGAGAUGAUAGUGAUGAUUUUUUUUAAGUCCCGGUAAACUUUGUGUGCGUGGCAAGGGUCUUGGAGGGAAAACCCUCAACAUUGAGACCAGCUGUGAAGACCUCUUAGCAUCAGGAUAUCCUGAAGGUGAUGGUGUUAUUUUCCUGCUGGCCACACUGUGCCAGAUCUGAACAUAGGGAGGGAGUUAGAGAGAAAGCAUGAUGCUGCUGCUGCUGUCUCCAGUAGUGGAGAAGGUUGUGGGA